AUGAAGGGCGAGAUUCUUCACCUCCAUCUCGGUCAGGCUGGUAUCCAGCUGGGUAACAGCGCUUGGGAGCUGUACCUGCUCGAGCAUGGCCUCGGUGCUGACGGUCGUCCCGUCACUCAGGAAGGAAAGGAGCAGGUUGAUGGUGGUUCCUACGAGACUUUCUUCACCGAGACCAGCGGCGGCAAAUAUGUGCCCCGCUCCAUCUUCGUCGAUCUUGAUCCGUCUCCCGUUGAUGAGAUCCGAACUGGUGACUACAAGUCGCUCUUUCACCCCGAGCUCUUGAUCAGCGGCAAGGAGGAUGCCGCCAACAACUAUGCCCGUGGUCACUACACCAUCGGAAAGGAGAUGGUCGACAAUGUCGUGGACCGAAUCCGCCGCGUGGCCGAUAACUGCAGUGCUCUGCAAGGUUUCCUGAUCUUCCACUCCUUCGGUGGUGGUACUGGUUCUGGUUUCGGUGCUCUCCUCCUCGAGCGUCUGUCUACCGAGUACGGCAAGAAGUGCAAGCUGGAGUUCGCCGUCUACCCGGCCCCCCGUGUCUCGACCGCCGUUGUUGAGCCUUACAACGCGGUCCUGUCCACUCACAGCACCAUCGAGAACUCGGACUGUACCUUCCUGGUUGACAACGAGGCUGUGUACGAUAUUUGCAAGAGAAACUUGGACAUUCCCCGUCCCAACUACGAGCACUUGAACCGCCUGAUUGCCCAGGUUGUCAGCUCCAUCACCUCGUCCCUGCGAUUCGAUGGUGCCCUCAACGUCGACCUGAACGAGUUCCAGACCAACCUGGUGCCCUACCCUCGUAUUCACUACCCCUUGAUCAGCUACGCCCCCGUGGUGUCUGCUAACAAGAGUUCUCACGAGAGCUUCAAGGUCCACGACCUUACCUUCCAGUGUUUCGAGCCCAACAACCAAAUGGUUGUCUGUGACCCUCGCAAUGGAAAGUACAUGGCCGUUGCCCUGCUGUACCGUGGUGAUGUUGUCCCCCGUGACUGCAACUCCGCUAUUGCCGCGCUCAAGGCCAAGGCCUCUUUCAACCUGGUCGAGUGGUGCCCUACCGGUUUCAAGCUGGGUAUCAACUACCAGAAGCCCAUGGCUGUCCCUACUACCUCGCCCAGCGAUGGCGGUCUCGCUUCCGUCGACCGCUCCGUCUCCAUGCUGUCCAACACUACCGCCAUUGCCGAGGCUUGGUCGCGACUUGACCACAAGUUCGACCUCAUGUACAGCAAGCGUGCCUUUGUCCACUGGUACGUUGGUGAGGGUAUGGAGGAAGGAGAGUUCUCCGAGGCCCGCGAGGAUCUGGCUGCUCUGGAGAAGGAUUACGAGGAGGUUGCUGCCGACAGCUACGCCGACGAGGAGGAGGAGGCCGAGUACUAG